UACUUUGUGUCGCUCAUGUACAUGUUCAUGGGAGUGUCCAUCAUCGCAGACCGCUUCAUGGCGUCCAUCGAGGUCAUCACAUCACAGGAGAAGGAAGUGACCAUAACACUGCCUAAUGGAGAGACGUCUAUAGCAACGGUUCGAAUCUGGAACGAGACAGUAUCCAACCUUACGCUGAUGGCUCUGGGCUCCAGCGCUCCUGAGAUCCUUCUGUCUGUCAUAGAGGUGUGUGGGCACAAGUUUGAGGCUGGAGAGCUGGGACCAGGCACUAUCGUUGGCAGCGCUGCCUUUAACAUGUUUGUCAUCAUCGGCAUCUGUGUGUGGACCAUUCCCAAUGGACAGUCACGCAAAAUCAAACACCUGCGUGUGUUCUUCAUCACGGCCUUCUGGAGUAUCUUUGCCUACAUCUGGCUCUACCUCAUCCUGUCGGUCAUUUCACCCGGCGUGGUGGAGGUUUGGGAGGCCCUGGUCACACUGCUCUUUUUCCCUGUAUGUGUGCUGCUGGCCUGGAUUGCAGACCGCCGCCUCCUUUUCUACAAAUACAUGGGCAAGCGUUACCGUGCCGACAAACGUCGUGGCAUUGUGGUCGAGACAGAGGGGGAUCUGACUCCCAAUAAAGCCACGAUGGAGAUGGUUGUUGAUGGCAAGUUCCCACCACGAGGGGGCGCUGUUGUCCCAGGUGAAAACUACAGGGGAAACACUCAGGAUGACACAACUCUGGACAACUCUACAGGCACAGCAGGACUGGAUGAGAGCCGCAAGGAGGUGAUCCGCAUCUUGAGGGAGCUGAAGCAGAAGUAUCCUGACAAAGAGCUGGACCAGCUGGUGGAACUGGCCAACUACUACGCCCUGCUGCACCAGCAGAAGAGCAGGGCCUUCUACCGCAUCCAGGCCACACGGAUGAUGAUUGGAGCGGGGAACGUGCUAAAGAAGCAUGCUGCAGACCACGCCCGUCGUGCAGUGGUCACAGAGGAAGAGACCCAGGAGGAGGAUGACCUGGAAAUCUGCAGCCACAUCUCCUUUGAAAGCCCCCACAGCCAGUGUAUGGAGAACUGCGGAGUGCUAACCCUCACUGUUGUCUGCCACGGUGGUCUAGGAGAGAACACCUUCUAUGUGGACUACAGGACUGAGGAUGGCUCUGCAAAUGCAGGCUCAGAUUAUGAUUAUAGUGAAGGAACUCUGGUUUUCAAACCUGGAGACACACAUAAAGAGAUCAAGGUUGGCAUCAUUGAUGAUGAUAUCUUUGAGGAGGAUGAGCACUUCUUUGUGCGUCUGUUGAAUCUGCGUGUGGGAGACGCAGAGGGCAUGUUUGAGAGUGACGAGGUUGGUGCUGCACCUAAAGCCCGCCUGGUGGAGCCUCUGGUUGCCACAGUGACCAUCCUGGACGACGACCAUGCUGGAAUCUUCACUUUCAGCGACAGCACAUGCCGUGUGAGUGAGAGCGUGGGCACUAUGGAGGUGACUGUGAACCGUAACUCUGGGGCUCGAGGCACAGUCAUCCUCCCGUACCACACCGAGGCGGGCACUGCCAAACCUGGUGAGGACUACGAGGAUGCCCGGGGCGAGCUGGAAUUUACCAAUGACCAGACCACUCAGACGAUUCAGGUGCGGAUCAUUGACGAUGAGGAGUAUGAGAAGAAGGAGAGCUUCUACAUUGUCCUAGAGGAGCCACGCUGGCUGAAGAGAGGCAUCUCAGGUACUUCUAAUGUUCAUCACAUGCUUUGCUUCUUUGUGAGGACUACAUCUAAUUAUUAUGAAUAUUGUAGACAUGGGUGUAAUCCGAUAUGUGUGUGUGUCCUCCCAGAGGGGCAGGAAGGCCAGUUGAGUGCAGAGGAGGAGGAAGCUCGCAGGAUUGCUGAGAUGGGGAAGCCCAUUCUGGGAGAACACAGUCGCCUAGAGGUGGUCAUCGAGGAGUCCUACGAGUUUAAGAGCACAGUGGACAAACUGAUAAAGAAGACCAACCUGGCUCUGGUGAUUGGUACACACUCUUGGAGAGAGCAAUUUGUGGAGGCUGUGACUGUCAGUGCAGGUGAUGGGGAUGAGGACGAGGAAGGCCGAGAGGAGCGCCUCCCCUCCUGUUAUGACUAUGUCAUGCACUUCCUCACUGUGUUCUGGAAGGUGCUGUUUGCCUGUGUUCCUCCUACAGAGUACUGGAAUGGCUGGGCGUGCUUCUGCGUGUCCAUCAGUGUCAUUGGGCUCCUCACAGCCAUCAUUGGAGACCUGGCCUCUCACUUUGGCUGCACUGUGGGCCUGCGAGACACAGUCACAGCUGUGGUCUUUGUGGCUCUGGGAACAUCUAUUCCAGACACUUUUGCCAGUAAAGUAGCAGCCAUGCAAGACCAGCACGCUGAUGCCUCUGUGGGCAAUGUGACCGGCAGCAAUGCAGUCAAUGUAUUCCUGGGGAUUGGAGUGGCCUGGUCUGUGGCAGCUGUAUAUUGGAAGAUCAAAGGGAAGCCCUUCAAUGUGGACCCAGGCUCUUUGGCCUUCUCGGUCACCCUCUUCACCAUCUUUGCGUUUAUCUGCAUGGCUGUGCUGUUGUUCCGCCGCCGGCCCUCUAUCGGGGGGGAGUUGGGUGGGCCCAAAGUGCCCCGCCUUCUCACUACUCUGCUUUUCCUGGGCCUUUGGUUCCUCUACAUCCUGUUCUCCAGCCUGGAGGCCUACUGCCACAUCGAUGGCUUUUAA